AUGGUAGAAAGUGCAAAUGCCCCUAUCCUUCUCCAGUCUCCGAUCCUGGAACGAGUCGCUGAGGGUCACACUGCCCGGUUACAGUGCACCCGACCAGGAAGAAGGAGAGAGUGGAUUUUGACACAUAACACAACGGAUUUCAUACGAUCACACUCAGGAUUCACUGAGCGAUUCCAGCCAUCCCGAGACCCCUCCAAAAACAGCUUCAUUCUGACCAUCACAAACGUGCAGCCCAGUGACACUGCGGUCUAUUACUGUGAGUUUUCGGGAGGUGUCCCUGGUGGAGGAAGCCAGCUCAUUGUAGACAGUAUCUCUGGUCCAGUCCUUCUCCAGUCUCCGAGCCUGGAACAUGAUGCUGAGGGUCACACUGCCCAGUUACAGUGCACCAUGAGGAAUGCUGCAGUGACACGCACCAAUGUUCACUGGUACUGGGAGCAACCAGGGAAUAUUAUGAAACACGUUAUAACACAUGACAUGAAGAACAACAUACAACGGACUCCAGGAUUCACUGAUUGAUUCCAGCCUUCCAGAGACUCCUCCAGUUACAGCUUCAUUCUGACCAUCACAAAUGUGCAGCCCAGGGACACUGGGGUCUAUUAUUGCUCAGUCUGGGGAAGGAUUAAUCGGAGAGGAAGCCUGCUCAAUAUCACCAGUGCAAAUGCCCCAGUCCUUCUCCAGUCUCCGAUCCUGGAACGUGUCACUGAGGGUCACACUGCCCAGUUACAGUGCACCUUGAGGAAUGCUGCAGUGACACACACCAACGUUCACUGGCACCGGGAGCAACCGGGGAACAACAUGGAUUGGGUUUUAACACAUGAUGUGAGGAACUUCCCACAAUGGAGCCCAGAAUUCACUGAGCGAUUCCAGUCUUCCAGAGACUCCUCCAAUAACAAGUUCAUUCUGACCAUCACAAACGUGUAGCCCAAUGACACUGGGGUCUAUUACUAUAAAGUGUGGGGAGGUAUCAGUGGGAAUGGAACCCCGCUGACUGUAAUAGAUCCAUUGGCUGAUCCAGUCCUUAUUCAGCAUCCAGUGGUCAGCCAGGUACCAGAGGGUGAAACUGUCGAGUUCCAGUGUGCCAUGUACAAUGCCAGUGUGAAUGACAGUGAUGUCCACUGGCACUACCAGCGACCUGGCAGCAACACGGAGUGGGUGAUAAGCCAGUUUGUGAAUGGCACCCUCAGCAAGGCAGGUUUCCACGAUCGUGUUCAUGUUUCCAGGAAUGUCAGCAGGAACAGUUACAUUCUGAGCCUUGUGAAUGUGACUCUCAAUGAUAGUGCUGUGUACUGCAGCAGUGUGUGGAGCUACAUCUAUGGAGCAGGGAGCCAGCUCAAUGUAACUGGUGCAAAUGCCCCUAUCCUUCUCCAGUCUCCGAUCUUGGAACGAGUCACCGAGGGUCACACUGCCCGGUUACAGUGCACCGUGAGGAACGCCGCAGUGACACACACCAAUGUUUACUGGGGCCGGGAGCGACCAGGACUUCAGAGGGAGUGGAUUUUGCUUCAUUACUCAUCAAAUUAUGCAUCCAUGUAUCCAGAGUUCAAAGAACGAUUCCAGUCUUCUCGAGACUCCUCCAAUAACAGCUUCAUUCUGACCAUCACAAACGUGCAGCCCAGUGACAGUGGGGUCUAUUACUGCUCAGUCUGGGGAAGGGUCUAUGGGAGAGGAAGCCAACUCAUUGUCGACAGUAUCACUGGUCCAGUCCUUCUCCAGUCUCCGAGCCUGGGACAUGUCACCAAGGGUCACGCUGCCCGGUUACAGUGCACCAUGCAAAAUGCUGCAGUGACACGCACCGAUGUUCAUUGGUACUGGAAGCAACCAGGGAAUGUCAUGAAACACAUUAUAACACAUGAAAUGAAGAACAACAUCCGAAGGAGACCAGGAUUCACUGAUCGAUUCCAGCCUUCCAGAGACCCGUCCAGUAACAGCUUCAUUCUGACCAUCACAAAUGUGCAGCCCAGGGACACUGGGGUCUAUUACUGCUCAGUCUGGGGAAGAAUUUAUGGGAGAGGAAGCCUGCUCAAUAUCACCAGUGUAAAUGCCCCAGUCGUCCUCCAGUCACCGAUCCUGGAACGUGUCACCGAGGGUCACACUGCCUGGUUACAGUGCACCAUGAGGAACGCCGCAGUGACACACACUGAUGUUCAUUGGUACCGGGAGCAACCAAGGAAAAACACGGAGUGGAUUUUAACACAUCACGUGAGGGACUUCACACAAUGGAGCCCACAAUUCAUGGAGCGAUUCCAGUCUUCAAAAGACUCCUCCAAUAACAGCUUCAUUCUGACCAUCACAAACGUGCUGCCCGUUGACAGUGGGGUCUAUUACUGUAAAGUGUGGGGAGAUAUCAGUGGGAAUGGAACCCAGCUGACUGUAAUAGAUCCAUUGGCUGAUCCAGUCCUCAUUCAGUAUCCAGUGGUCAGCAAGGUACCAGAGGGUGAAACUGUCGAGUUCCAGUGUGCCAUGUACAAUGCCAGUGUGAAUGACAGUGAUGUCCACUGGCACUACCAGCGACCUGGCAGCAACACGGAGUGGGUGAUAAGCCAGUUUGUGAAUGGCACCCUCAGCAAGGCCCAGGGUUUCCACGAUCGUGUUCAUGUUUCCAGGAAUGUCAGCAGGAACAGUUACAUUCUGAGCCUUGUGAAUGUGACUCUCAAUGAUAGUGCUGUGUACUGCUGCAGUGUGUGGAGCUACAUCUAUGGAGCAGGGAGCCAGCUCAAUGUAACUGAAAAAUCUUCCCAUGGUAUUCCCUGGAUUUCAGACCCUAAUUUAAUCAUUGGCACCAUUCUGGGCUUCAUUGUCUUGAUCUGCAUUGUCCUGCUCACAGUUUUCCUUCAUAAACAAAAGCUGUGUUUAUCAGUAAAGGACUCCACUCAACGGAGCGCUGUUGAAGAUCAGGAUGCUGUGUAUGCAACAGUAAAUGAUCGGACACAGAGCAGUGAGCAAGCAGCAGUUCCUCCUGUUGUGCUGUCUGAAGGGGAAUGUCUUUAUGCUGAUCUUCACUUUCACCAACAAGCAGAGACACCCAUUCUGCUCCAGUCUCCAGCAGUGCACAGUGUGAUGGAAGGUGACUCUGUCAGAUUUCAGUGUAACCUGGAGAAUGCCAAUGUCAGCAAACUCAUUGUUACUUGGUACAAGAAUGGAUCCAGCAAACAGGAGCUGAUAACAUACGAUACACAGGGCCAUGUCUACCGUCACCGAGGAGUGGCAGCACGUUUCCAACCUUCCAGGGAUAUCUCCAAUAACAGCUACAUCCUAACCAUCACAAAUGUGCAAGCCAGUGACAACGCUGUCUAUGUCUGUAGUGUGCGGGGAUCGAGCUACGGGGCAGGAACCCAGCUGAAUGUAACCAGUAAGUAA